UCAUCAUGGCAUCGAGUAGUGUGCCAAGCUUCAGUAGGCCGACGAUGCCAUUGCAAUCGCGUCGAGGCCCAGAGUUGAUAUAUGACUUUGCCGGAGGAGCAGAUCGUCUGCCAGAGAGCUCCAUCGCUUCGCAAUUCGGCGUUCAACAACAGCAAUGGUAUCAUUCAAGCGAGCUCGACUCGUGGCAGCGGGGGCGGAAGAGAGUAAGGGGAAAGAGAUCUGGCUAGACAAUGAUGACCUGCGACCAUUGAAGCUCAAGGACCGGACUUGGAACAGGACCACGUACUUUGUCUUUUGGUUCAGUGCUUCAGCUACAGUUAGCGGCUGGUAUGGAGCGUCGGCAGCUCAAGCCUUGGGUCUUUCCAUGUGGGAAUCGUUGGCCUGCGCAUUCGGCGGGAAUUGCUUGAUUGCGGUCAUCAUCACCCUCAACGGCAGAGCCGGUGCCGUCUACCACGUCGGGUUCCCCAUUCUCAAUAGGUCAGCCUUCGGUGUCUAUGGAGCGUGGUGGCCGACUUUCAACCGCGCAGUCAUGGCGAUUGUCUGGAACGGGGUCAACGCUGUCCAGGGAGGACAAUGCGUCUAUGUCAUGUUGCAUGCCAUCUUCCCCAGCAUUGCGCAUGUCAAAAACACCAUGGGCACCGGCAGUGCUUUGACCUCGGCGGGAAUGAUCGGGUUCGCGGUCUUCUGGCUUGUCACAUGCUUCUUCCUGGUCAUACCGGUCCCGAAAAUGAGGGCGCUGGUUUAUGUCAAGUUGAUCGUCUUCGUCAUCUCGGCCGUUGCAAUGCUGGGAUGGACUGUCGGUAAGGCCGGAGGGCUCGGACCUGUAGCGAGCCAAGGUUCAACAAUACAUGGAAGUGAAAAGAGCUGGCUGAUCGUUCGCUUCCUUAUGCUGGGAGCUGCCAACGCCGCGACUUUUGCAAGCAACGCCAGUGACUUCCAACGGUACGCCCCUCGCCCCAAGGACCCCAUUCUCGGUAAUCUGGUUGGAUUUCCCCUUGCGAAUUUCCUGGUCUGCGUCAUCGGCAAUAUAGUCGGCGCCUCCUCACAAGUCAUCUUUGGAGAACUCAUCUGGAACCCCAUUGAUUUCCUGGACAGGUUGCAAACAACAGACUACACACCGGCUAAUCGAGCUGGGUGCUUCUUCAUCGCGCUGAUGUUUGUGUACUGUGCCAUCUUCUCAUCCAUCUUCGAGAACUCUCUGCCAGCUGGAAACGACCUGGCUGCGCUCUUCCCCAGAUACAUCACGAUCCGCAAGGGUUUCUUCAUUUGCGCAGUUGUCUCUUUUGCGAUCAAUCCAUGGUAUCUGCUGGGCAGUGCAUCAAUUUUUGUGUCCUUCAUGGCCUCGUAUCAGAUCUUUCUGUCCAGCAUUACUGGCGUGUUGUUGUGCAACUAUUACAUCAUCACUCGUGGUUAUAUGCACAUCCCGGAUCUGUUUACUGCGGACAAGAAUGGAGCCUACCAUUAUACCAAGGGGUGGAAUAUUCGAGCGUACAUUGCUUAUGUGAUUGGCGUGGUCCCGAAUUUUUACGGCUUCUUGAACAACAUGGGUGUCGAUGCGCCAAUCGGUGUCACCAGGUUUUAUUACUUUGCGUAUUGGGUAGGGCUGGCCGUGUCUGGAGGGACCUAUUGGGUAUUGUGUAAGCUGUACCCGCCGCCCAUCAUGUACCGUAAAGGCUGGAUGGAGGUGAGGAAUUAUGUUCGGCCAGAGGAAGAGGAGCAGGUGUUGGAAGGUCAGAGUUUUGAUGUCGAAGCUCCGAGUCCGGGGUCGCAAGAGAAGAAGAUCACACAGGAGACUGUCAUGGAUCUCAAGGCAUAGACUUCAACUCGUAUAUCAGUCCUCCGCCCCGGGAGCGAGUGAC